UAUUCGAGGGAAAACAAAAAGAAAAAGAAGAAAAAGGAGUAAUAUGUUUGGUACCCACUUAAACCUGAUUGCGCCGAUUUCUCCUUCCUUCUGUCGACUCUCUUGUCACCACCCCUCUCCUUCCCUCCCCGCCACCGACUUAUUGAAGGUAGCAUCUAGAGAGCUUAUUUUUGCAGCAAAGUCCCACUCAGUAUCGACAAUGGCAACUGAAGAAGAGAAUGUGGGAAAUGCAAAGCAACAGUUGGCAAAACUGUUUGAAGUGUCGCUCAGGAGAAUAGUCCCUGACGAGCAAGAUGUCGCGCCAGUGAUUGCUGCUUCAACUGGGAAGUUUGGCGAUUAUCAAUGUAACAAUGCCAUGGGUCUAUGGUCUAAAAUAAAAGGAAAGGGGAGUGAGUUCAGGGGUCCUCCAUCUGUUGGGCAGGCAAUCAUGAAAAAUCUUCCUGAUUCGGAGGUCAUAGAAUCUUGUUCUGUAGCAGGACCUGGAUUUGUGAAUGUUGUCUUGUCAAAGAAAUGGUUGGCUAAGAGAAUACAAAAGAUGCUUAUUGAUGGUAUCGAGAAAUGGGCGCCACAGCUACCGAUCAAAAGGGCUGUGGUUGACUUUUCCUCGCCUAAUAUAGCUAAAGAAAUGCAUGUGGGUCACCUAAGGUCAACUAUUAUUGGGGAUACGCUAUCCCGUAUUCUCGAGUUUUCAAAUGUAGAAGUUCUUCGACGAAAUCAUGUUGGUGACUGGGGGACACAGUUCGGUAUGUUGAUUGAGUUCCUUUUUGAAAAGUUCCCAAGCAUAGAAGAUGUUAAUGAAUCGGCUAUUGGUGAUCUACAGGCAUUCUAUAAAGCAUCAAAACAGAGAUUUGAUGAUGAUCCUGCUUUUAAGGAGAGAGCACAACGGGCAGUGGUUUCCCUUCAGGGUGGAGAACCCAAGUACAGAAAUGCAUGGCUGAAAAUCUGCGAAAUCAGCCGUAAAGAAUUCCACAAGGUCUAUGAACGCCUUGGAGUUCAUUUAGAGGAAAAGGGAGAGAGUUUUUAUAACCCAUAUAUUCCUGAGGUUUUAAAAGAAUUGAGUGAUAAAGGCUUAAUUGAGGAAAGCCAGGGUGCUCGUGUAAUCUUUCUGGAAGGGUUUAACAUCCCUCUUAUUGUUGUCAAGAGCGAUGGUGGUUUCAACUAUGCUUCAACUGAUUUAGCAGCUCUUUGGUAUCGCCUUAAUGAGGAGAAAGCGGAUUGGAUCAUAUAUGUUACUGAUGUUGGCCAGCAGCAGCAUUUUAAUAUGUUUUUUGAGGCAGCUAAAUGUGCAGGUUGGCUCCCAACUGAUGGCGCCUUAAAACCAAAGGUUGCCUAUGUUGGUUUUGGUCUUGUUCUUGGAGAAGACGGAAAACGCUUUCGUACUCGCUCUAGUGAGGUUGUCCGAUUGGUUGAUUUGCUUGAUGAAGCCAAGGAUCGUAGCAAAAAGGUUCUUGUUGAACGUGGCUGGACUGAGCAGGAGCUUAAUCAAAUUGCUGAGUCUGUUGGUUACGGUGCUGUUAGGGUGUGUUUGGUACGUGGGAUGGGACGGAACAGAGUGGGACGGAUGCGUUCCGUCCCACGUUUGGUGCGCUAAAAUUAUGUGGAACGCGCGUCCCACGGAACGAAAAUGGGUUAGAUUUUGGUUCCCCCUCCGCCCCCUGGAACGGGUUUUUCCAUCCCAUGGGACACAAAAUUAUAUUUUUUUGGACAACAAUACCCCUCUUAUUUUUCAUUAAUUACAUUGUCUACCUCCCUUUCUCUCCCGUAACCUCCCUCUCUUCUACCCAUGUCUCUCCCGUAGCCCUCCUCUUCCUCCACCACAAACCCAGCAACCCAACUGCUAACCCAAUCCCAGCAAACCCAUCCGACGACGACGACGACAACGUCACCAUAGCAAACCCUCUUCUUCUCCGGCGUCGUCUGGCGUCACGAACAUGACCCGCAUCUCGUCAUCUCCGUCCAUGUAAGCGAGGUGGAUCUGAUCCGGAACACGACCCGAUUCGAAGCUAAGCUCGUCAUCUGAGGUGGCGAGUAGGUGGGCGGUGCCGGGGAGGGGGUUGUGGUCUUGGUCGAGGAGGUUGGGGUUGACCUCGGACCCGUUCCAGCGGAAAAUCCGGAAGGAGUAGUUGAAUCGAAGAUUGACCAGAGGGAGGGAAAUGGAGCCCGACCCAGAUUUCCAUGUGGGGGCGGAGGAGAGGAACUGUAUCCUAUAAAGUUGUCGUGGUGGGAGGAAAGGGGCGAGUAGAUGCCGAGCCAGUCGAGUCGGGAGGGCGAGUUGAUGCCAAACCAUUGGAUUAGGACGGAGUCGCCCGAUUUGGAGAGGGAGGUUGGGGAGAGAGAGAGUGAAACAGUUUGGUGGGUCAGAGGGAAGAAGGUGGAUGCUGCACGGAGGAUGAUGACGACGCUGCAGGGAGGACGAUGACGAAGCUGUAGAAAUUGAUUGAAAUGAAUUUUGGGAUUUUUCUGUGUUUGAUUUGAAGAGAAAGAAAUUGUUUGGGGGUCUGAUUGGUUGCCGAGAAAAUGAAGGAAAACGACGACGCUGCAGAAAUUGUACAAACAAGGCUAAGUUAGUCAUUUAACACGAAAUCCGAACCGUUCCGUCCUAUGCAUACCAAACAUAACACGAACCUCCAUUUCGUUCCGUCCCGUCCCGUCCCGUCUGCGUACCAAACGGUACCUUAAGUAUGCUGAUCUGAAGAACAAUAGAUUAACCAAUUACACGUUUGAUUUUGAUCAAAUGCUAAGUGAUAAGGGAAACGCUGCUGUUUACUUACUCUAUUGCUCAUGCUCGGCUCUGUUCCAUAAUAAGGAAAUCUGGCAAAAACAUAGAAGAAUUGAAACAAACGGGGGAAAUCGUGUUGGAUCAUGAUGGACAAAAAUAGUGUUGUAGCCAUCUUAGUAGACGGGGAUAUUUGAAUGCUUGUUUUCCGUAUGCGCUGUAAAAUUGUAAUCAGAUCUUCAGUUGAUAACAUUUUUGGUGAAAAGUGUUAUUGUUA